CUCUUCGGCAUACUGCUGACCCUAGCCGAGGCUGUCGCCUUCGUGGUAUCGGGGAUGUACGGCCCCUUGUCUGUCCUCGGGGCGGGGAACGCCAUCCUCAUCGUGUGCCAGCUGUUCCUCAUGGGGGUGAUGCUGAUUCUCAUGGACCAGGUCCUCCAGAAAGGGUGGGGGAUAGGCUCGGGGGUGUCGCUCUUCAUGUGCGCCAAUAUCUGCUCGACCGUCUGGUGGAAGACGUUCAGCUGGGUGUCGGUGACCACGGCGAGGGGGGUGGAGAAGGAGGGUGCCUUCUUCGCCAUCUUCCACCUCCUCCUCACGAGGCCCGACAAGGUGUUGUUUGGUCCGCCGCGGGAUGAGGAGCUGACCGGGCUGCCGAACCUUGUGAACCUGGCGGCCACUGCGGCUGUGGCGAUGACGGUUAUUUACUUCCAGAAGUGGCGGAUAGAACUACCGGUGGGUGUGACAAUACACUUGGUGGUCAAGUCCCAGAAGUACAGGGGCCAGGAAGGGAGGUUCCCUAUUAAGCUGUUCUACACGUCCAACAUGCCGCUCAUCCUGCAGUCUGCGCUGGUGGCGAACCUCUACAUGAUUAGCCAGUUGGUCAACGACCGCUCCUCCAGCAGCAUAUUGGCACGUGUUGCGGUUGUACUCUUACUUGCUUUGCUGUUUUCGCAUGGUAAAGGUUUGCGUAAUUGGCCCCCACGAUUAUCGGGCAUGCGGGGAUGGUUUUGA